AUGGCUGGUCUGAGUCUGCACAAUGACGCUGCUACCACAACGGGAUACGCCGUGGCUAGUGAGCCACGAGCGGCUGCAGCAGGAAAUGCCGCAGCAGGUGCUGCAGGAACUGAAGCAGGCGAUGAUUGCCUGUCCGACGCAGUGUGUCUCCUUUCUUCUGGAACUGCAGCGGCGGAAGCAGCGCUUUCCCUGCUGCCCAAAUUGCCGGGGCCCUUAUCUGUUUUUGAAGGACCCCUAGCAGACCUGUGGUUUCUCUGUUUCGAACUCUUCUGCUGCCGCUUGUCUUUAUCUCCAUAUCAGGUUCAACACCGGCUACAAGGUGCCUUGGGGUCGAUAUUGGAGCGCAACGCUGAGGAACCUCUGACAGGUGCACUGGGAGCUACUUGCGGAUUUGCGUUUCUAUCAUACAGAGAAGCACGUGCUCUUGUGCUGCGGCGGGCAUUCCCGAGCCAGGGGGCUGCCCGUGUUGCUGCUGCUGCUGCAGAUCUACGCGGCAAGAAUUUGCACCCACGAGAAGCCGUCGGCAUGCUGCUGCUAUUGCAGUUGCUGCAUCGCCGGGCCCAAAGGGUGUAUGCGCUCUAUGAAAGGGCGCCUCAGAAGCCCCUUGCGCACAACACCCUCAUCAGCAUUUUGCUGGAAGCGCUCAGGCCAGCCGAAGCAUCUGCUGCUUCUGCACUGCAGAAGACACUGCAGCAGCAACGCUUGCAGCCCUCUUUUGAGGCUUUUGGAAGCUUUUUGCUCCUGGCCACUGAAGGCCCCUGGAAGAGCCUGGUGCCAUGUGCUGGGGGUCUCCCUCAGGGGCCUCCCAGACGGUUGCCUUCACCCACGAACUUCUCAGCUUCUUCUGUCAAGAAAAGGCCUCUAGAAGAAGAACAGACUUCUAUAUCUGCAUCCCGGCGACGCGUUCUUCACCAUGUGGGGGACACCCACAGCCGAAGCGCUUUCGAGAGUUUGUAG